UAAUUUUUGUCGAACGCGUUGCAUAAAUUGCUGCAAAUACAAAUAGAAUAAGAGGGAGGGAAAGAGCAAAUUGCCCCAAGGGAGAACGGCUUCCAUUGAUUUUGAUUUCGACCAAGGGAGGAAGAAGAGGUACCGUUGUCUGUAACCAUUUUCUCUCCGUCCAAACAUCUUUCCAGAACUAGAAACCUGUUUGAUUUGUUUGGCAGUUGAAUUUGACCUAGUUCUGAUUUCAAGCUUCGGCUUUCUUGUAUACUGUUCAAAUUGAUUUUUUUGAGACAAAAAUGGGGGAUUCCGAUACACGUAAUAUCCGAAGCAUAUGCAUAUUAGCUCAUGUCGAUCACGGCAAGACCACGCUUGCCGAUCACUUGAUCGCCUCUUCCGGAGGUGGUUUACUCCACCCUAAGCUCGCCGGGCGUCUCCGGUUCAUGGACUAUCUCGAUGAGGAGCAGCGGCGCGCCAUUACCAUGAAGAGCUCCUCAAUAGGUCUCCGGUAUAAGGAGCAUUCCAUUAACCUUAUUGAUUCCCCUGGCCAUAUGGAUUUCUGUAGCGAGGUCUCUACGGCGGCGCGAUUGAGUGACGGAGCAUUAGUUUUGGUUGAUGCCGUCGAAGGUGUUCAUAUCCAAACCCAUGCGGUUUUGCGGCAAGCUUGGAUUGAGAAGCUAACCCCGUGUUUGGUGCUUAACAAGAUUGAUAGAUUAAUUAGUGAGCUUAUGUUGAGUCCCAUGGAGGCGUAUACGAGGUUGUUGAGGAUUGUUCAUGAAGUCAAUGGCAUUGUGAGUGCGUAUAAGUCUGAGAAAUAUUUGUCAGAAGUUGAUUCGAUACUUGCUGGGCCUUCUGGUGAAUUUGGAGAUGAGAGUCAUGAAUUUGUAGAGGACGAUGAGGAAGAUACUUUUCAACCCCAAAAGGGAAAUGUGGCAUUUGUGUGUGCAUUGGAUGGAUGGGGUUUUACUAUACAUGAUUUCGCCGAGUUCUAUGCUUCCAAGCUUGGGGCAAGUGCAGCUGCAUUGCAAAAGGCGCUAUGGGGUCCUCGGUAUUUCAAUGCAAAGAGUAAGAUGAUUGUGGGGAAGAAGGGAAUUGGUGGAGGAAGUAAAGCUCGUCCUAUGUUUGUUCAGUUUGUGCUUGAGCCACUUUGGCAAGUUUACCAGGCUGCUUUGGAUACUGAUGGAGACAAAAAGAUGCUUGAGAAAGUAAUUAAGUCAUUUAAUCUGUCUGUACCACCUCGGGAGCUUCAAAACAAGGAUCCCAAAAUUGUACUUCAAUCAGUGAUGAGCCGUUGGCUUCCUCUGUCUGAAGCAGUGUUAUCAAUGGUAGUCAAGUGUAUGCCUGACCCUAUUACAGCACAGGCAUUUCGAAUUCCACGUUUACUCCCCAAAAGAGAGGUUGUCGUUGAUGAAGUUGAUUCUGAUGUGCUUGCAGAGGCUGAGCUUGUGAGAGCAUCGGUUGAAGCUUGUGAUUUGAGUCCGGAAGCUCCUUGUGUUGCUUUUGUAUCCAAGAUGUUUGCUGUUCCGAAGAAAAUGCUUCCUCAAAGGAAUUCCCAAGGUGAAUUCAUCAAUAAUUAUAUUGAUGAAAGUGAAGAUGAUGACUCGGGCGAAUGCUUUCUUGCAUUUGCGAGGAUCUUUAGUGGGGUUCUUUAUUCAGGACAGAAGAUUUAUGUACUUUCAGCUCUAUAUGAUCCAUUAAAAGCAGAGUCAAUGCAAAAUCAUGUACAGGAGGCUGAGUUGCAAUCUGUGUACCUAAUGAUGGGUCAAGGUUUAAACUCUGUUCCUUCUGCUCGUGCAGGAAAUGUUGUGGCAAUAAGAGGCCUCGGCCAAUAUAUUCUGAAAAGUGCAACUCUUUCUUCCACAAAGAACUCUUGGCCAUUCUCAAGUAUGGAGUUUCAAGUUGCUCCAACCCUUAGAGUUGCUAUUGAACCAUCUGAUCCUGCAGAUAUAACUGCAUUAAUGAAAGGUUUAAAGCUUCUAAACAGAGCAGACCCGUUUGUAGAGGUCACAGUUUCUUCAAGGGGAGAGCAUGUUCUGUCUGCUGCAGGGGAAGUUCAUCUUGAGAGAUGCAUAAUGGAUUUGAAGGAGAGGUUUGCUAGAGUAAGCUUGGAAGUUUCACCGCCUCUUGUUUUUUAUAAAGAGACUAUUGAGGGAGAUGCAAUUAAUACUCUUGAGAAUUUAAAAACUUUAGUUGGGAGCUCAGAUUAUGUUGAGAGGACCACUCCAAAUAAAAGGUGUGUCGUUCGGGUGCAAGUCAUAAAGCUACCACCUUCUCUAACUAAGGUUCUUGAUGAAAGUUCUGAUUUACUUGGAGAUAUUAUUGGUGGUAAGACUGGACAUACAAAUAAAAGAUUCCCAACACAGAUAUCUAGUCUUACGGACACUGAUACUCCAAUAGAAACCUUAAGAAAACGCAUGAUAGAUGCUGUGGAGAGUGAUAUUUUGUCAAGGAACGAGAAUGAUAAGGACCGGGUAGAAAAGCUAAAAGGAAAAUGGCUAAAGCUUCUUAAGAGAAUCUGGUCACUUGGACCUCGGCAGAUUGGUCCUAACAUUCUCUUUACUCCAGAUUCUGAAGAAAAAAGUACUGACUCCUCUGUUCUCAUUCGCGGUUCCUCUCAUGUAUCCAACAAACUAGGAUUCGUAGAUGGUUCCGGUCUCUCUGACAUAGCAGACAAGACAUCCUCAGAAUCAACUCAAGCACUGUAUGUUGAGGCAGAGCGUCUUGAGAGUAGCAUAGUGUCUGGUUUUCAGCUAGCUACAGCAGCUGGCCCGUUAUGUGACGAACCCAUGUGGGGUUUGGCAUUUGUUGUUGAAGCUUUUAUUUCUCCAAUGACAGCUCCUGAUGAAUCUGAAACCUCUCAACUGCAGUCUGAACAAUAUGGUAUCUUUAGUGGUCAGGUUAUGACAGCUGUUAAAGAUGCUUGUAGAGCAUCUGUGUUAGAAAAGAAACCACGACUUGUGGAAGCAAUGUACUUUUGCGAGCUAAACACAUCGACAGAAUAUCUGGGUCCUAUGUAUGCUGUCCUUUCACGAAGGAGGGCGCGGGUUUUGAAAGAAGAAAUGCAGGAAGGUUCUCCAUUGUUCACGGUGCACGCAUAUGUUCCUGUAUCUGAAAGCUUCGGUUUUGCAGAUGAGCUUAGGAGGUGGACUUCCGGGGCUGCAAGUGCUCUCCUUGUGCUUAGCCACUGGGAAGCACUUCCUGAGGAUCCUUUCUUUGUCCCCAAAACAGAGGAGGAAAUUGAAGAGUUUGGUGAUGGCUCUAGUGUGCUCCCUAACACUGCUAGAAAGCUCAUCGAUAAUGUAAGAAGACGGAAGGGCCUUCCAGUUGAGGAAAAAGUAGUACAACAUGCAACAAAGCAGAGGACCCUAGCUCGUAAAGUGUAGAUGUUCUUUUUUGUGUAGAGGAUAUAUUUUCAGAUUAUUGGCACAAGAAAAUAUGCGUAGACAAAGGAACUUGGAUUAGUUGGAUGAAUGAAUGCAACAGUAACUAUGCUGACAGAUGAAAGAAAUAGGCUUUUGACAGAGAAUAUGGACUCAGUCAAUCUAUCAUUUUCUGCAUUUGCUUGAGAUGAUGGUUCAGGAAGAAAGACAUUGCAAGCGAUUGAGUUUCUCCUAUAAAGAAUUUGGUAUGUUUCACUCCACUAUUGUUUCAUGAAGCCAUAAAUGGUUGUAGUUUAGGUUUUGUUUGGAACUUGAAUUUUAUCAAAGAAAAUUUUAUAUUUAUAUAAAAAGAAGUAAGAAUAAGAUACAGGAAAAUGUUUGAAUAAAUUCAUAAAAAUUCUUAUUUUUAUGAAAAAUAUGACACUAAAUUGAGUUAUCAUUUUUUCUGAAAAAUAAAGAGAGAAAACUUUGUCUCAAUCUUAGUAAACCAAAUAAGAGAACAUUUCUUUUUUAAUUUACUUUUUUUUUCCUAACUUCUAUAUUCCAACAAGAAAGUUAAUUCUUCUCCACCAGUGGUAACUGGAAAAGAAAACAAAAACAUCUAGAGUUUGACCUACAUUAAUUUUCUAUAAAAUCUCCAUUUUUAUCACAGGCCUAGAGGUGCAUGAACUGAGAUUGCGUAUUUGCUCAAAUACAAAGUGCUCCCCCAUGAACUCUGCAGUUUUUUAAAGAAGAAAUAGGUUCAAUUCAGACCAACUCUGUUCAUGUCUGCUGCUAGAUCAACUAGGUGAAUGACAGAGUGCUGGAUUUCCUUCUCAUCUGUUGUUUAUUUGUGACUUUAAAUUGAGUCUGUCAAUCCUGAAUUCGAAGUGGUGGAAUAGGAGGCAGAUUGAAUUGAAGAAAUUCAAAAUUUUCUUCUUGGUUUCAAAAAGCAAAUGACAAGGCAGUUUGCUUGCUGUGCCGGGAACAUAAAAAUCUGUUUGGUGUUGCAUGAAUUUAACCUAUUUUGUUUAUUAUGUCCUGAUUACCAUUCCAAUUGUAUCCAAAUUUUUGGUUUGUAAAAUUAUGAAGAUUUGAGAUAGCCACCUUUGGCAUUAUUUAUUCUUUGUGUUUUUUUCUUCUUUAUUUUGGGUGCAGAAAUGUAUUUAUUAACUGUGUGUAUACUUCAUAAUUCAUAUUGUUAAUACAGGUUAUAACACUGAGACAGUAUAGAGAGUUUUGACAAAUAAAA